CGCCGGCCGCGGGGGCAUGAGGCGGCGGGCGGCGGGCGGCGGCGCCGGCCCUUCCCCUGCGAGCCGCCGCCGGAGGAUGAAGCAGCAUGAGGAUGUGUGACAGAGGCGUCCAGAUGCUCGUCACCACGGUGGGAGCCUUCGCAGCCUUCAGCCUGAUGACCAUCGCCGUGGGCACUGACUACUGGCUCUACUCGCGCGGCGUGUGUAGGACUAAGUCCACGAGCGACAACGACACGAGCCGCAAGAACGAGGAGGUGAUGACCCACUCGGGGCUUUGGAGGACGUGCUGCCUGGAAGGAACCUUCCGAGGAGUGUGCAAGAAAAUCGACCACUUCCCUGAGGAUGCAGACUACGAGCAAGACACGGCCGAGUACCUCCUCCGAGCAGUGAGAGCAUCCAGUGUCUUCCCCAUCCUCAGCGUGGGGCUGCUGUUCUUCGGGGGCCUGUGCGUGGCCGCCAGCGAGUUCUACAAGAGCAAACACAACGUCAUCCUCAGCGCCGGCAUCUUCUUCGUCUCCGCAGGGCUCAGCAACAUCAUCGGGAUCAUAGUGUACAUCUCGGCCAACGCGGGGGACCCGGGGCAGAGCGACUCCAAGAAGAGCUACUCCUACGGCUGGUCCUUCUACUUCGGGGCCCUGUCCUUCAUCAUCGCCGAGAUGGUGGGGGUGAUUGCCGUGCACAUGUACAUCGAGAAGCACCGCCAGAUCCGCGCCAGGUCCCACUCGGAGCUGCUGAAGAAGUCGGCUUUCACCCGCCUCCCCCCCUACAGGUACCGCUUCCGCCGGCGGUCCAGCUCCCGCUCCACCGAGCCCCGCUCCCGGGACAUGUCUCCCAUCAGCAAGGGGUUCAGCACCAUCCCCUCCACCGACAUCUCCAUGUUCACCCUCUCCAGGGAUCCCUCCAAGGUCACCAUGGGGACGCUGCUUAACUCGGAGCGGGACCACGGUUUUUUACAGGUCCACAACUCCAUCCCCAAAGAGUUCAAGGAGUCUUUGCACAACAACCCGGCCAACAGACGAACCACGCCGGUCUGAGGCGGGCAGGGCCGUGGGCAGGCUGCAUGGCAUCACCCUCGUGACGGUGUAACCCGUGAAACCCCGUUUUUAAGGACAAACCCAGAGGCUCCCCGAGCCCCCGCCCGCGGGGCUGGUUUUUCACUCCUGGAAAAGCCACCGGCCGGGCCAGGUGGCCACGGGGGGACGGGACCCCCGGUGGGGAGGGGACAGGGCCGUGCUGGGACCCUGGCCCUGGCGCCCUGCAGACUGAGCGGGGCUCCAACCCCCCUGGGCCAGCGGCUUCCCGAGGUCUCCAUCGUUCGUGUGAUCAUAACCGCAGUGUUCCCGUAGCUGUGUGUCCAUGGAAAUGCUGGCGAUAGCCCCGUCCGUGAGAACCCUUAACCCGGUAGUUACAUUUAAGUGGAAUCGCCUGGAAGUCCGGAGCUGGAAGCACUGAGCUGGUGCCGGAGCGAUGCUCGUGUUCCAAACCCCCUCCCCUGUCGUGCUGGACGGAGUGCUCGGGCUGGGUUCCUCUAUGGCGUUUCGUGCAUGCAUUAAAUAGCUUGGAAUUCAAUUUUGUCAUGUCGGGUUGGAAGAAACAUCCUUUUGCAAUUUUCUGUGGUCUUGAAAGGGCUUUUUUCCUUCCUUCCUUCCUGCCUUCCUGCUUUCCUGCCUUCCUUUCUUCCUUCCUUCCUUCCUGCCUCCCUUCCUUUCUUCCUUCCCACGAGAGGACUCAGGAGCAGAAUUUCUCCAGUGACUGGUAGCAAGUAUCCAGCGUUUAAUUCACCUCUAACGUUGCAAGAAAAUGAAUUAAUUCCCUACAGUUGAUACACAGCAGUCAGAGAUGACUGUCUGGGCACAGCCAAGGAGGCAGAGCGUGGUCGUGGUGCUGCGGGAGCAGCUGGGGCCGGCCGGGCCGCGGCCGCACGCGGGUGGGGUGGGAUUCCCGGAUGGUUGGGAGAUCCGUGAGAAAAACAACAAUAAAAUAGUCCAGUUUGGCAAGUUC